UGUAUGUUGAGAAGGCACCGUUCGCCGUGCGUGGGUCACGUGACAGUGGCUGUGCAGAAAUCAUGGCAGCGCCCUGUGCAGUAAGGGGCGUGUUUGUCUCGGCAGGGUCAGGGCUGUUGCAGAGAGCAGCGCGAUUGCCUGGAUGCCGGCAGUGCCCACGUGGAGGCCAGUGCCAGCCACACCGACGCUAUUUCUGGAGGAAAUGGACGAGUUCACACAGUGUAGUUCGGCCGGCGGUAGUGCGCCCUCCUUAUGCUGUACCAAAGCACAUCCAGAAGCCGGACUAUGUCUCUUCGAGCACAGUGCCUGAGUGGCCUGAUUAUAUUGAGAUUAAAGAUGAAGAGCAGAUUCAGGGUUUGAGGAGAGCCUGCCAGCUCGCCAGACACAUUCUCCUGCUUGCUGGAAACAGCCUAAAGGUUGGCAUGACGACAGACGAAAUAGACUUCAUUGUGCACCAGGAGGCGAUCAGACACAACGCCUACCCUUCUCCUCUGCUCUACGGUGGAUUCCCCAAAUCAGUUUGUACCUCUGUAAACAACGUGGUGUGUCAUGGCAUACCAGACAGUCGACAGCUUCAAGACGGAGAUAUCAUUAACAUAGACGUUACUGUUUACCUAGAGGGUUACCAUGGAGACACAUCGGAGACAUUUUUGAUUGGUUCAGUGGAUGAGCGAGGCAGGAAGUUGGUGGAUGUGGCAAGGCAGUGCAGAGACCAGGCCAUCGCUGUGUGCGGACCAGGACAACCAAUAUGUGUUAUUGGUAACACGAUCAGUGAAAUCGCCAACUCAAGCGGCUUUUGCGUGUGUCCAUACUUCAUCGGUCAUGGCAUCGGGUCCUGUUUCCACAGUCACCCAGAGAUAUGGCAUCACGCCAAUGACAAUGACUUGCAAAUGGAGGAGGGCAUGGCCUUCACAAUAGAGCCCAUUCUAAUGGAAGGAAGCUCAGAAUUCCGUAUCCUUAGCGACAACUGGACUGCGGUUUCCACGGACGACAAAAGGUUCCGAGUUUCCUUCUGUUCUUCCACACUACAGACUCCCUCACUCGUUCAGGUCAGCCCAGUUUGAGCACACGGUUGUUAUCACCUCCGAUGGCGUGGAGAUUCUGACCAGACUGCCAGACGAAGCCUGACUGUGGUCGAGGAGCAAGUCUGUGUGUGUCUGAGCCUGAAUAAGAGCGUGACAGAACUGUGUGAGAGAUGUGUUUGUGUGUGUGGUACAUAGACAGAGUGCUGUUUGAAUAAAAAAAACAUUUUGUAGUG